GCGCUGGGGGCCGCCAUGUUGCCGUACGGACGGAGCGCGGCGAGGCGCCGUGUCGGCGGCGGGAAGGCGGGGCCGCGGGACAACGAGCGGCGGCGGCGUGCGAGAGCGGCGGCACCGCCCAUGGGAACCGCCCGCCGGGAGGGCGCCCCGAGGAGCCGCGGCGGCCGGGCGCGGCCAUCGUGCCGUACGGAGCCCGCGGGGCCCCGCCCCUCCGCCCCCGGGAAGGCGGCUCCGCGUCGCCUCGCAGCAGCCGGUGUCGGCCCGGGCCGCUCGUCGGGAGGCGGCCGGACGGCGGCGAGGAAGAGGUUCCCUCUGAAGGACUCGAAGCGCCUGAUCCAGUGGCUGAAGGCUGUGCAGAGGGACAACUGGACCCCCACCAAGUACUCGUUCCUCUGCAGCGAGCACUUCACCAAGGACAGCUUCUCGCGGCGGCUGGAGGACCAGCACCGGCUGCUGAAGCCCACCGCCGUACCGACCAUCUUCCGGCUCAACGAGAAGAAGCGCGACAACCUGGAUUAUGUCAGGAGCAGAAGGAAAAUAGCCAGCAGGGUCCCGCUGCGCGAUGGGGAGGGCCCGAGGGAAGGAGGCUGUGAGGUAGCAGUGCAGAGGACCUCAUCUCCUGAGCGGGACCUUAUGGUGAUGCAAGGGACGGACGAGAUGGAGGAGGUGACUCUGCAAGCGGAGAUCGGGUCGAUGUCUGAGGAGGAAGAGCAUCUCCACGGCCAGCUGGAAGGGCCCCGGAGAAGGACGUUAGGCGAAAGCUUGGUUGCAAAGCCCGCACCUCAGAAGAAGGCUGACAGAUCUUCUGUGGAGGACUGUCCUAAAGGCGCCUGGACGGGGAGCUGGGUGGCCGACAGGAGCGGCAUUUCGGUGGACGAUUUCACGCCUCCCGCCUCUGGUGCUUGCAAGUUCAUCGGCUCCCUUCACUCCUACAGCUUUUCCUCUAAGCAUACCAGAGAGAGGCCGUCUUUCCCAAAAGAGCAGCUAGAAAGGAAAAGGCCAAAGAGAGAUGUGGAACCAAGCUGCAGUAGCAAUCUCAUGGGACACGAUAAGACUGUAGCUGAAGACUCCCCUACUUCCUCCCUCACCGCAACCCCUCAGAAACCUUCCCAGGGUUUAUCAGCAUCCCCAGCAGACCUGACCCCUCAGCCUGCCGCCGAGGCCGUGAUGGGACGGAAGGGUGACACGGAUGCCAACCCCAUGUCGAUCAACGAGGUGAUCAUGUCAGCCUCGGGAGCCUGCAAGCUCAUCGACUCCCUCCACUCGUACUGUUUCUCCUCCAGGCAAAGCAAAAGCCAGGUGUGCUGCUUGCGUGAACAGGUAGAGAAGAAGAACGGGGAGUUGAAACUGUUGAGGCAGAGGAUCAGCCGCUCAGACAGCCAAGUCAGGAAGCUGAAGGAGAAGCUGGAUGAGCUGAAGAGGAUCAGUAUCCCUUACUUGAACAGCCUGCUGUCCCAGGACUGUGAGACCCCACAGCUGAACCCCGUGAUGGAGCCCCUCUCCUGGAUGCUGGGCACAUGGCUCUCAGACCCACCAGGCGAUGGCACCUUCCCCACCAUGAAGCCAUUCCAGUACCUGGAAGAAGUGCACAUCUCUCACGUGGGGCAGCCUAUGCUCAACUUCUCAUUCAAUGCCUUCCAUCCGGACACCAGGAAACCAAUGCACCGAGAAUGUGGAUUCAUCCGCCUCAAACCUGACACUAAUAAGGUGGCCUUCAUCAGCGCCCAGAACACAGGUCUUGUGGAGGUGGAGGAAGGGGAGGUGAAUGGUCAAGAGCUGUCUAUAGCUUCUCACUCCAUAGCCAGGAUCUCCUUUGCCAAGAAGCCCCAUGUAGAGCAGAUUACCAGAAAAUUCCGUCUCAAUUCGGAUGGGAAGCUAGAACAAACAGUCUCCAUGGCGACCACUACGCAGCCCAUGACACAGCACCUCCACAUCACCUACAAGAAGGUGACACCCUGAUGCCAGGAGAGCUGGGCAAUGUGCCCCAGGAGCAGCAGUGGCUUGGAGAUGUGGGGUGCUGCAGACUGGAGCCGGGUACCUGCGCUCAGCCCCGGCCGUGUGGAGCUGCCCAUGUUGGUGAGAAUGUUAGCGGAUGUUCCUGUAAUGGUAUAUAUAAAAAAAUAAUAAUAAUAAUAAAAGCUUUUAUUUUUA